AUGACAGCCCAGAGAGAUCAGCCGGAUGUCAGCAGUCCUUCAGACACUGAUGGCAGCCAUGUCCCUCCUGACCAUGACACCAGAGACAGCAGAUACAGCUCCAGUGUAGCAACUGAAUUGGACUGGCAGCAGCAGCCUUCAGUGCCAGUAGUGGAUACUGAAUAUGGGAAAAUCCAAGGCAUACAAAUGAGACUACAAGGAUUUGACAUACCUGUCCAUGUUUUUCUGGGAGUUCCCUUUGCCAAACCUCCUCUCGGACCCUUGAGAUUCACUCCACCUCAGCCUCCUGAGCCCUGGGAGUAUGUGAAGAACACCACUACCUACCCACCUUUGUGCUCCCAGAAUAUAACUGUGUCACAGACACUCUCUAAGCUUUUCUCCUUACGGAAUGAAAGUUUUCCAAUAAGAUCUUCUGAAGAUUGUUUGUACCUAAAUAUUUAUACACCAUCUGACUUGGUGACGAAGACCAAUUUACCGGUUAUGGUGUGGAUCCAUGGAGGGGGAUUGAUGAUGGGUGAGGCUUCAACUUAUGAUGGGCUGGCUCUCUCAGCCCUUGAAAAUGUGGUAGUAGUGACCAUUCAGUACCGCCUGGGAAUCCUUGGGUUUUUUAGCACUGGAGAUGAACAUGCUAGGGGAAACUGGGGUUUUUUAGACCAAGUGGCUGCACUCCGCUGGGUCCAGAAGAACAUUGGUAAUUUUGGAGGAGACCCAAGCUUGGUGACCAUCUUUGGAGAGUCAGCAGGAGGUUUUAGUGUUUCAGCACUGAUGCUAUCUCCUUUGACUAAGAAUCUCUUCCAUCGGGCCAUUUCCCAGAGUGGGGUUCUCUUUAUGGAAUCUCUGUUUAGUUCUAACAUCAAACCAGCUGCUGAGAAAAUAGCAACUUUUGCUGGAUGUAAAACCACAACAUCAUCUAUCUUGGUUCACUGUAUGCGGCAGAAAACAGAGGAAGAGAUCCUAAACAUAACUCAGAAAAUGGAUUUUUUUCAUUUGGAUUUCCUAGGAGACCCUACAGAGAAAUUUUUGUUCCUACCUGCAGUUGUGGAUGGAGUAUUUUUCCCCAGAAGUCCCAAAGAGCUCUUGGCUGAAAAUCAGUUCCAGCACAUUCCCUACAUUAUGGGAAUCACCAAUCAUGAGUUUGGCUGGUUUCUUCCAAAGAUACUGGGAUAUCCUAUAUCAGAGGAUGGACUGGACCAAGGAAUGGCCACAGAACUAUUAUGGCAUUCUUACCCACUUCUUAAAAUCCCCCGAACACUCACUCCAAUGAUAACUGAAGAGUAUCUUGGAGGUACAGAUGAUCCUGUCAAAAAGAAAAACCUAUUUCUUGAAAUGCUGGGAGACCUGACAUUUUGGAUCCCAACUGUGAUUUUGGGUCGGCUUCAGAGGGAUUCAGGUGCACCCACUUACCUCUAUGAAUUGCAGCAUCGCUCAAGUGUCUGGGGAAACUUGAAACCAGCAACAGUCAAGUCAGACCAUGGAGAUGAUCUCUUUCCUGUCUUUGGAUCUCCAUUUUUAAAAAAUAGUUCCCCAAAUGAGGAGAAGCAACUUAGCAGGAUGGUGAUGAAAUAUUGGGCCAAUUUUGCUCGGAAUGGAAACCCAAAUGGUGAAGGGCUAAUAAAGUGGCCUAGAUAUGAUCAGAAUGAAGAAUACCUUCAAAUUGAUAUCACCCCAAAAGCAGCCAAGAAACAGAAGAAGGAGGUGGCAUUUUUAAUUGAACUUUUGGCAAAGGAAUCCUCUAAAGUGAAGCUAGAGCGCAGUGAAUUGUGAUCUGGAUGAAAAUGUUGGCUCUCCUUCACAAGAGUCUCAGUGGAACUAGAUAAGAAGACUGUUUUCUUUGGAAUGAGUAUCUAAGACAUUGAUCAUGAGAGAGUUUUUCAAUAUAGAGAUGAUUGGGGCAGUUAAGAAUUAGAGAGAGAUGAAAUCAGCCACACAUUAAUAUAUUUUGAAUAGGGAUAAAGGACUAUGUAAUUUUGAUAUGAGAGGCCAUGAGCAAUGUGGGAUUUCCUUCUUUUCAUGGUACUUCAAAUAAUCGGUUGACUUCUGUGUGUAGGGUUGUC